UCGUUCAGCUUCGAGUUCCAAACGUCACGUGCAUACAUUCGGCACAAUCUCCCGAAAUUGAGUAACGAUUACGCCACCUACAUCUCCAGAGAAUGCGCGAAGCGAUCGACUGGUGCAGAGAUCACGACCAGGCAUGAAACGUCGAAGACCAGAAGUCCUCGGCAUGUCAGCGUCGACGCCACCGACGUUUUAAGCCGCGGUUCGGACUUCGCUCGCUAGGGAAAUGCCUCGUGACAGGAAAUGAAAAUUUGCCGUCUGACGUUCAGUGUAGGUCAUAGGACCGGUUGCAAUCAGCCAUGAAUAACCACGAUCAUUUAAUCUCGGAUUAGUGAAACUCGUGACGUAUCGGCAAGAAAGACUCUAACCGAAGAUUAUUAUCUGCUGUCAGGUAAUCACCCAAAAUCGGGGGAUUACCUCUACUCACGUGUUAAGUAAUCCCCGGUUAAGGACUUUAACUCAAAUAUUGGAGCAACCUAUUCAAAGAGGCUUAAUACUGGAUUAUGCUUCCCUCCUAAUUUUAGUAUAAUCCGAACUUAAUUGUUUACUGCAAGUGGUUCCGGAGGCGUAAUCAUAGAGAGCGUUAAUCCUUAUCGCCUUUCCCCUCCUUAUCGCUGUUUAACGCUCGCCUCGAAUUCCUCACGAUGAGUAAUUAAAUUAUGAUUAGCUAGGGUUAGGACGGAAGCAUAAACUAGGCUUGUACGUAUCAAGUUCACCGGGUCGUAGGUGAAUUUUGACAUUUUAUCAAGUUUACACUAGGCGUGUAAGCUCGGUUGCGCGCUCAAGAGUAUUCGGGAGAGUUCGGGCGUGCUCGGGAGGACUCGGGAGGACUCGGGAGGCGCGCGCCCCGCGCGGGGCCCGCGGAGGGUGCUGGAAGUCCCAAUUGCGACGCGCAAAAGCAAGCGCAUACGCGUGCACUCUUCCGGGCCGGUUUCGCCUCCUUUGUCAGCGAGCGAGCGUGGACUCGCGUGGAUCGCCGAGACGUAGCAGCGUCGGCGGAGAGCCGGGUCGAGGAUUCGCUAGUUCCCGCAUCGGCCGCGGGCUGCAGCGCCCCCGCGGAUGGAGAACGCGAUCGAGCGAGAAAGUGCGGGAAAUUGUUGUUUGAAUCCGCGCCACCGGGUCGGGAGGGGGCGCUUUCCGGGUAGCGUGGAAAUCGUGGACUGACUCGUGUCAAAACUCGACCCCACGUCGAGAAGUGCACAGGAUGCCGGAGCGGUUCAAGGUGACGCCGGCCGAGCCGCCGGCGCGCAAUAGUUGCAGCGGGCUCGACGUAGCGGCUAAAAACGAUCGACCCAAGUCCAGGAGAUCGCUUUUCGACCACGGCCAUGAAGGCGGCGCUGGCGGGGACGGCGAGCCCAUCGUGGGCUCGAACUCGGAGAAGAGCAGCAAAUAUGAGACCAACCUGUAUCUGUUCAGCGACGACCUGGACGACCGGCCUCGCAUUACGACGUUGCUGGACAAUCUCAGGAACUACAGCAACACCAUUCCGGCCGCGACCGACCCCGACAGCAAACCAGCCCAGGGUGCGGGAGCCCCAGGGGCGAGGAUGGGCACCCUCAUCGGUGUCUUCCUGCCCUGUAUCCAGAACAUCUUCGGGGUCAUCCUCUUCAUCCGGUUGACUUGGGUCGUCGGAACCGCGGGUGCCAUCCAGGGCUUCUUCAUCGUCCUCUGCUGUUGCUGCGUCACGAUGCUGACGGCCAUCAGUAUGAGCGCCAUCGCCACCAAUGGGGUGGUCCCUGCCGGUGGGUCCUACUUCAUGAUAUCGAGAAGUUUGGGUCCCGAAUUUGGCGGGGCGGUCGGCAUGCUCUUCUACACGGGGACCACCCUGGCCGCCGCCAUGUACAUCAUCGGAGCUGUCGAAAUCGUCCUGACGUACAUGGCGCCUUCGCUGAGUAUAUUCGGCGACUUCACCAAGGAUGCGAACAUCAUGUACAACAAUUUUCGCGUCUACGGCACGGGGUUGCUCAUGGUCAUGGGAACAAUCGUCUUCGUGGGGGUGAAGUUCGUCAACAAGUUCGCCACCGUCGCCCUGGCCUGCGUCAUCCUCUCCAUAUUAGCGGUCUACAUCGGACUCUUUGUCAAUUUCAACGGGAACGACUCGCUCAAAAUGUGCGUGCUCGGCCGAAGAUUGCUGAAGGACCUCGACGUGUUGAAGGACUGCAACAAGAACACUACUGGAUACUUGCACAGUCUCUAUUGCGCCAACGGAACCGGUGCUUGCGACCCGUACUACAUGGAGAAUAACCUGACCAUUGUCAAUGGCAUCCGCGGACUGGCCAGCGGCGUCUUCCUAGAAAAUAUUCUGGACAGCUUUCAAGAGGAAGGGCAGUUCAUCUCCUACGGCCACGACCCGAAGGACGUCGACAAGCUGUCCAUGCCCUCGUACAAUCAGAUCCAGGCGGACAUCACUACGUCGUUCACCAUCCUGAUCGGGAUCUUCUUUCCGUCCGUAACCGGCAUCAUGGCGGGCUCCAACCGUUCCGGUGACCUGGCAGAUGCACAGAAGUCGAUCCCGAUUGGGACGAUCUGCGCCAUCCUGACGACCUCGACAGUGUACCUGUCGACGGUGUUACUCUUCGCCGGCACCGUGGAUAACCUCCUGUUGCGCGACAAGUUCGGUCAGAGCAUCGGAGGAAAGUUGGUAGUGGCGAACAUCGCCUGGCCGAACCAAUGGGUGAUCCUGAUCGGGUCCUUCCUGUCGACCCUGGGCGCAGGUUUGCAAUCUCUAACGGGAGCACCAAGACUGCUCCAGGCCAUCGCCCGGGACGCCAUAAUCCCGUUUCUGCGUCCGUUCGCCAAGAGUUCGUCCCGUGGGGAACCCACCAGGGCCCUGCUUCUUACCGUGGUCAUCUGCCAGUGCGGCAUUCUGCUGGGGAACGUCGACUACCUGGCGCCACUGUUGUCAAUGUUCUUCUUGAUGUGCUACGGAUUCGUAAACCUGGCCUGCGCCGUGCAGACGUUGCUGCGCACCCCCAACUGGAGACCCCGUUUCCACUACUACCAUUGGAGUCUUUCCUUCCUCGGGCUGGCCCUCUGCAUCGCGAUCAUGUUCAUGACCAGCUGGUACUACGCCCUGCUCGCCAUGGGCAUGGCGGGCCUCAUCUACAAGUACAUCGAGUACCGAGGUGCCGAGAAGGAGUGGGGUGACGGCAUUAGCGGUCUCGCUCUAUCGGCUGCUCGUUACUCCUUGUUGCGCCUCGAAGAGGGUCCCCCGCACACCAAGAACUGGCGGCCCCAGAUCCUCCUCCUGGCCGAACUCGACACCGACCUGGCUCCGAAGUAUCGCAAGCUUUUCGCCUUCGCCAGCCAGCUGAAAGCUGGCAAGGGCCUUGCCAUCUGCAUCAGCUGCAUAGCCGGGGAUUAUACCCGUAAUUCCGGGGAGGCCACCGCUGCCAAGCAGAAUCUACGCAACACCAUGGCCGAGGAAAAGGUCAAGGGCUUCUGCGACGUCCUUGUGGCUGCGGACGUCGUCCUCGGGCUUAGCACUAUUGUCCAGACCAUUGGACUGGGAGGCAUGAAGCCGAACACCGUCAUCCUGGGCUGGCCGUAUCGGUGGAGGCAGUCCGAGGACGAACGCAAUUGGAGGGUCUUCCUUCAAGCCGUCAGGACCGUCGCCGCGGCCAGGAUGGCCCUUCUCGUCCCCAAGGGCAUCAACUUCUUCCCAGACUCCUCGGAGAAGGUCGUCGGCAACAUCGACGUCUGGUGGAUCGUCCACGACGGCGGCCUUCUCAUGCUGCUGCCCUUCCUCCUCAAGCAACACCGCACCUGGAAGAACUGCAAGAUGCGGAUCUUCACCGUCGCCCAGAUGGAGGACAACUCCAUUCAGAUGAAGAAGGACCUGAAGAAAUUCCUCUAUGAUCUCAGGAUAGAGGCCGAGGUCGAGGUCGUCGAAAUGAUGAACUCCGACAUCUCCGCCUACACGUACGAGCGGACCUUGAUGAUGGAACAGAGGAACCAGAUGCUGCGCGAGCUGCGACUGAACAAGAAGGAGUCCCUCGGCGUGGUGCAGACGUUGGCGAGCUUCAACGAGGUGCAAGCCAUCGUGGACCACCACCACAACGUGGACGCGAAGACGGCCACGAAGGUGAGAUUUCAGGAACCCGGGAGCGCGCAACAGCCCAACGGUGCCGAAGAUGCCCAGGAAGAGGCAACUCCUGAGGCCGAGGUCAAGGAAACCGACGAGAGGGAGACCUCAGAAAAAUCCACCGAAGAGAAGGAGGUCCCGGACGAGGAGUCGAAGCUGAUCGACGACGCCGCCAAGCAGGACAACAAAGAGAACAGCGACAAGGAGGCCAAGGAGGACGACGAACGGGAGGCGAAGGCCGAUGGUACCGACGAGCAGAAGCCGGUGCAGAUAACCCCCGACGAGGGCAACGUUAGACGCAUGCACACGGCGGUUAAGCUGAACGAGGUGAUCGUGAACAAAAGUCACGACGCCCAGCUGGUGAUACUCAACCUGCCAGGACCUCCCAGAGACACGGCGAUGGAGCGAGAGGCGAAUUAUAUGGAAUUCUUGGAAGUCCUCACCGAGGGGCUGGAAAGAGUGCUGAUGGUGAGGGGAGGCGGCCGCGAAGUGAUCACCAUCUACUCGUGAACUGGACGAAGACGAAGCGACCGGAAGGCCGGGAAAAGUCCAGAAUCCGGUCCCAUCCUCGACGGCCUGCACCGCUACUCUUCGGCCGCCUGCGCCCACCUCGGAUCCCUCGUGUCCUACGGGACGUCCGGUCGUUUUUUUGAGUCCUUAGGACUCUUAGGACUCUUAGGACUCUCAGGAGUCCGAAGACGUCUCAUCGAGUCCCUCGAACUCCCAGGAACCUGCGGACGUCUUCUCGGGUACCUCGAACUCCUAGGAACCUACGGACGUCUCUUCGAUUUCCUCGGACCCUUGGGAACCUGUGGACGUCUCUUCGGGUCUCUCGGACUCUCGGAACCUGCGGACGUCCCCCGACCGCGGCGCGGCCAGUGGGCGGCGCGAUGAAAUUCCACUGAAGCCAACUUACCUUCUGGACCCCGAGGGGCCUCCGCGGCCUCGCCGCGGUCUGCCAAAGUGACGUGCCAAAGGAUAAGUUAACUUUAAGCGAAUUUCAUUAGCGGGGCGCGUAGUCGUACACGACGCGGCAAACUAGUUCGAUCACGGCGUCAAGUCCAGCGGUAAGCUCGUCUCUCCUUAUCUACCGUCACGUCGCUUAUCAUUUCGCCAUCAACGCGACUUUUCAACCGAUGUCCACCUCGCGAUGCGAGAUACACCCGCGUACAUGUGCAUUCACACAUGCGUACCCACGCAUUCACCCCCGCGUACUCGUGCAUUCACACCACACGCGCGCGCCCACACACACACACACACACACAUACCCACACACACACCAUAUUCGCGCGUUCGAGAACCUCACCCCGAAAGCGAAAUCAAAAUUUGGUCCGAGGCUAAGGUCGAAGCAUCUACGAAACCACUGCCAAGAGAAUACUUUCUAAAUGCUUCGCGUUUAUCCGAAGACGCAGAGGCUCGUUUUUCUACAUGCAUCGUCGGUAGGAGUUAAUAACGUAAUUCUAUUUACGGUCACCGCCGGAAAGUCAACACCUUGUCUCCAACACCGUACCGCACUCGGGACGGCGCUGUUUCGAAUGCUUCCCGGUCGGCGACGACCUCCUCUAGGACGCCAUUUGAGAUUUAUAUAAAACUAAGUGGAAUGCAAUGCCCUGAUAAAAAUGCCCAUGUAAAUUUACAUACUCAAUCGUUGGUUAUUUCGAUGCCAGGAUAAAUUCCAGUAAAAUUACGGUAUCUUUGCAAUAUCACAUUCGUCGUUUUAGUUCAGGUGAUAUGAAAGGGUUGUUCUAUACAAAUCAAAUCGUGAAAAUAUUUAUAAAACUUUUCUUCAAAUUGGGUGGA